UUGCACAGCACACGAUUUCCUUUCAGAACUGUUGUCUGUGUUGACAUUUUUUAAUUCCGCAUUCGGCGAGUCUUUUGAAUACAAGCACGUAACCUAUCAAAGAAGAUUAUCUGUUUUUGUAUGUGAUAAAGUGGUGGCUCGCCAUAGUAAUAGCUGAAGAUACGCUUAACCGUGGUGGUGUAAAUUAAGAUACUCUAUUGUUGGUGGGCACAGUGCUCAAUAACUGUUCAAUACAUUUUUGUCUUCAUGUCGAACUGAUCGAGUAGUUCCGUUGCCUGUUAUAAGUCACUAACCAUGGAACCCGCCUGCCGCAAAGACAAGCCGAAACUGAACUCCACUCCUACCCGCGGAGACAGGGCCAAGCAGAAAUCUGCCCAGCAGGAACAGAAACAGCGGCAGCGGGCAGAGAUCUACGCCCUAAAUAAGGUCAUGACAGAGCUGGAGCAGCAGCAGUUUGAAGCCUUCUGCAAGCAGAUGCAGUCCCAAGGAGAGUGACGGACAGUGACAGCCUCCCCUCGCCCCAACCCCCCACCCCACGGACCUUAACCCUUCAGCCGCCCUGGCCCACAAUUCAACAAUGCAGCCAGUAAAACCACAGAACCUCUACAUCACACAGACAUGUUGAACUGUGAGUGAUUUGUCUGAAGGAUGUCUCCACGGGCCCUGUUAUCACACAGACCGACUCUGGAGAUACAGCCAUUGGUUGUCAACAUUCUCCAAGUGUUGCAUUGUGAAUGUAAUAAGGAAUGUGUUUCGGUGUGUUCAACGCGCGGAGACGGACUGUGCAAUACAGGGCUAUCCGGCUGCAGUCCCAGAAGGCCACAUGGCUUUAGUGCCCCAGCAGCUGAUUCCAACAUGUGUGGAGGUGAUGAAUCUGAGGCUCUGUGAUGCAGUCCCAGCCAUGGCUGGACGUCACUCCUUUCUCCUUGUAUUGCCUGAAACACCGAUUAUCACCACCAUUCAAAAAGUGUUACAACGUUGAUCAGUUGAAACUGUCCUCAGUUUAAAUGAUUGUCUUCUGCUUCUUCCUUUUUCAUAAUCUACCGUGUCAAUUGUAAUGGUGCUUUUUUGAUUGCUUGGUUUUAAACACUUGUUUUGGAGUAGCCUGUUGUUUGUGUAUGACAAUGACAGUAAAGCACUAUAUAGCAAGCUUAUAUACUACUGACACAGUUUAGUCCAAAUAAAUAAUACUGUGUCUUAGUUUUAUGUCACUUUACUUCAUCAGUGUAUUUGUGACAAUCUGAACCUGCUGUAUAUUUGAUACACUGACAUUUUGUUGUUUUAAUAAACCUUGUGGUGGUUUGUAAACGUGUA